AUGAUGAUAAAGUGUGUAAUACUACUAUAUAUUAUAUAUACACUUGUACAAGUAACGGCUCAGGGCAGGAGCACUACGGCUUCCAACUCCCGCAACUCUGAUCGUAACGGACUUGGAAUCUACAAGCAUUUCUUGACCGUUCAGCAAGACAUGCCUGGAGAUGGACCAGAGGCUACAGACUCCUCCUCUGAGCAUUCUACACAGCAGACUCUAAGCAUCUCUGAGAGGAAUGACAUCUUCCUUAAGUGUACUGAAUUCGAUUCCAAGGGGAUUCCUUAUGGAAUGGGCCAACUCUCACAGGUUCAGAAAGGAAAGAGGAAGAUAAGAUAUGCUGAAUCUUCUUCGUCAUCACUGGUAGAGAUCCAGGAAGAGCUUAAAUCAGCUCGUCAAAAGAUUGCUGAAAACGAAGCAGAAAAUCAGCGACGUGAUGAGGCGCUAAGGCAAAGUCAAGCUCGACAACAAUCCCAGCUUGCUGCUUACAUGUCUGACUCCUCUGCCUUAGAUCCUUCUGCCACAGCCAAUCCUUCUCAACCUCCUCCAGCUAAAGACAACACCUGA